AUGGUGGACAUUAUUUUUCAUUAUCCUUUUCUGGGUGCUAUGGGGGAUCAUUCCAAGAAGAAGCCCGGGACGGCCAUGUGCGUGGGCUGCGGGAGUCAGAUCCACGACCAGUUCAUUCUGCGGGUGUCGCCCGACCUAGAGUGGCAUGCGGCCUGCCUCAAAUGCGCCGAGUGCAGCCAGUACCUGGAUGAGACAUGCACGUGCUUCGUGAGAGACGGGAAGACCUACUGCAAGCGGGACUAUGUCAGGCUGUUCGGCAUCAAGUGCGCCAAGUGCCAGGUGGGCUUCAGCAGCAGCGACCUGGUGAUGCGGGCGCGGGACAGCGUGUACCACAUCGAGUGUUUUCGCUGCUCCGUGUGCAGCCGCCAGCUGCUGCCGGGCGACGAGUUCUCGCUGCGGGAGCACGAGUUGCUGUGCCGCGCCGACCACGGCCUUCUGCUGGAGCGCGCUGCGGCCGGCAGUCCGCGCAGCCCCGGGCCGCUCCCGGGCGCCCGAGGCCUGCAUUUGCCAGACCCCGGGUCCGGCCGGCAGCCCUCCCUGCGCCCGCACGUGCACAAACAGACAGAGAAGACAACCCGUGUCCGGACCGUGCUCAACGAGAAGCAGCUGCACACUCUGCGGACUUGCUACGCAGCCAACCCACGGCCUGACGCGCUCAUGAAGGAGCAGUUGGUGGAGAUGACCGGCCUGAGCCCGCGGGUCAUCCGAGUCUGGUUCCAGAACAAGCGCUGCAAGGACAAGAAGAAAUCCAUCCUCAUGAAACAGCUGCAGCAGCAGCAACACAAUGACAAGACGAGCCUCCAAGGACUGACCGGCACGCCCCUGGUGGCCGGCAGCCCCAUUCGCCACGAGAGCGCAGUGCAGGGCAGCGCGGUGGAGGUGCAGACUUACCAGCCACCUUGGAAAGCGCUCAGCGAGUUUGCGCUGCAGAGCGACCUGGACCAACCCGCCUUCCAACAGCUGGUCUCCUUCUCCGAGUCUGGCUCUCUGGGCAACUCCUCCGGCAGCGACGUGACCUCCCUGUCCUCGCAGCUCCCGGAUACCCCCAACAGCAUGGUGCCGAGCCCCGUGGAGACGUGAGGGGAACCCUUCCUCUCCCCGCCAGCCCGCGGACCUCGCAUGCUCCCUGCAUGAGACGCACCCAAGCUCAGGCCAUUCCAGCUCCGAAAGCUCUCUCGCCUUUGUAAUUAUAAUUAUUAUUAUUAUUUAAAGAGAGAAAGAGAGGACUGAGAGAAGCGGUCAGGACCGCCCAAAGCAACCAGGACACAACCUGCGUUCACCAGACUGGAGAGGCGGCUCCGAGGACCUUUAUUUUUUCAGAACCAGAACUUGGGAUUUCCUAGCGUUAGCUCUGCCCCUUCCUCUCCCUCGCCCUUCCGCCCCACGUCCCCAAGUCGACGUGGAAAAACACGCGGGGUCUACCGUGCGCCCUGCUCCCGCUCCGCGCUCCCAGCGGGCGGCUCCGCCCGGGCUCUAGCCGGGAAGAGGAUCGGGACCACCCAAAGAACAGACGCUCGCUUCCCCCAAAGCGCAUGAUUGCCGGGAAAAUAAGUAGAAACGAGA